UUCAUCUGGCAAAAAUGGGUGAACCUCAGCAAGUGAGCGCCCUUCCUCCACCUCCAAUGCAAUACAUUAAAGAAUAUACUGAUGAAAAUAUCCGUAAAGGCAUGGCUCCAAAGCCGCCUCCACCUGUGAAAGACAGUUAUAUGAUGUUUGGUAAUCAGUUUCAAUGUGAUGAUCUCAUUAUUCGACCCUUGGAGAGCCAGGGCAUUGAACGGUUACAUCCUAUGCAGUUUGAUCACAAGAAGGAGUUAAGAAAACUUAAUAUGUCUAUCCUCGUCAACUUUUUGGACCUCUUGGAUAUCUUGAUAAGGAGUCCAGGGAGUAUAAAGCGAGAGGAGAAACUGGAAGAUUUGAAACUGCUUUUUGUUCACGUCCAUCAUCUUAUAAAUGAGUAUCGCCCUCACCAAGCUAGGGAGACGCUGAGAGUCAUGAUGGAAGUGCAGAAACGUCAACGUUUAGAAACAGCGGAGCGAUUUCAGAAGCACUUGGAGCGAGUUGUAGAGAUGAUUCAGAACUGCCUGGCUUCCUUGCCUGAUGAUCUGCCUCAUUCAGAGGGAGGACUGGGAGUGAAAGUGGAAGCAAUGGAUACUGAUGAUGGCAGCAACUGCCUUGGACAGAGCGAAAAGCAGAGAGAGCGUUCUGGUGGCAAGAGAGAUCAGGUUUUAGACAAAGAUGCAGCUAUGUGUAGCAUUAUUGAUGAAAUGACGUGAAGAAAACACUUUUUUUUUUGUUAGCUCACCAUAGUAAGGGGCAGAAUGGAUUCUGAGGGUAUA